AUGAGCACCACCCUGAAUGCCAAAGACUUCAAAGGCGUGGCCUACGCCGAACAGGAGGAAGUAUACUUCAACGAUGGCCGUGAAAAGGAACUCUUGGAAUAUGUGCUGAACCACCCAUCAGUGUCAGAAAUCAGGGGUCAACCACAAAGGGUGCUGGAAGCGAUUGAUGAGUUUGGCCGUAACCAGAAAUACCUGAUGAACGUUGGAGAGUACAAAGGCAGAACAGUCCGCGAGAUCAUCCAAAAGAACAAACCAGCCACCAUGGUAGAGCUGGGAGGGUACGUCGGCUACUCGGCUGUUGCCUUUGCGGCUGCUGCCAAAGAAGCCGGGGGCGAGCGGUACAUCAGUAUCGAACACAACCCCGAGUUUGCCCACGUCAUCGAGGAGAUGGUUAAGCUCGCUGGGCUGCAGGACUUUGUAACCGUUGUGGUGGGCGGCAGCUCGGAGGCGUUGAGGAGGUUGCACGGUAACGGGACGCUCAAGCAUAUUGAUCUGCUGUUCCUGGAUCAUCUCAAGCCGCUUUAUACGCCUGAUCUGAAGCUCUGUGAGGAACUGGAACUCGUUGGGCCUGGCACCGUCCUCGUUGCUGACAAUGUUGUCAAGCCUGGCAAUCCGCCAUAUUUGAAAUAUGUCCGAAGCACCGUCGCUGAGAAACGCGAUGCAAUGUCCAAGGUCAUGGACACGGACGCCAAGGGCAAUCCAAACCUGGUAUACGAAAGCGAGUUUGUAGAAGGCUGGGAGCCCAGCGGGGUACCCGAUGCUCUGGAGGUUACGCAUUGUGUUGGCAUUCAGAGCUAA